UGAGCCGAAGGCAGACGCUUAACGACUGAGCCACCCAGGCGCCCCUCUGUUCUCAGCUUUUUUAAGGAAUCGCCAUACUUCUUCCACGGGGGGCUGCACUGUUUCACAUUCCUACCACCGGGGCACAGUCUCGCUACAUCUGUACCAGCGCUCUGGGUGGUGGUUUUUAGUAGCUGUCCUCGUGGGUGUGAGGUGGGAUCUCUUGGUUUUGAUUGGCAUUUCCCUAAUGGGUACUGUUGUUGAGCAUCUUUUUCUCUCUCUUUUUUUUUAAGGUAAAUUCUUCAAUUUGUGUUAACUGCACAGUGUUUUCUCAGUAUGUAAGAUAUCACACCCUGAUGGUAGAUCUUGUAUAGAGUAGCUGCAGAGGACAGAAUGCAACAGAAGACAGUGUUUGCUUUUCACAUCCCCAGUCCUUGUCUCUGACUGCCAGGAGGAGGUGGUUCUGUCAACUCUUCACAGCUCCCAGAAGCAUCUUCUCUCCGUGUCCUUCUGUUGUCUUCCCCUUAGGAAACUCAUAGCUACAGAUCACAGGGAGCUGCUUUAGAGCCAAAUGAAAUCUCCUUCCGGGUUGGUGGGGGGGAAGGGACUGCUUUCAUAAACUCUUCUUUUUGACCUGAUGGAGUUGAAAAUGUGGCAGAAGCUCUAAAGCACAUUAAACCAAGCCGACUAUGAAUUUGUGGAAGAUGAAGUUCCGUAGUCACAUACGGGCUGGGGCCUGCUGGGUCCCCGAAAUGAGCUGUUUGAUGCAGCCAAAUACCGCGUGCUAGCUGAUCGCUUUGGCUCUCCGGCUGACAGCUGGUGGCGCCCAGAACCCACCAUGCCACCUACUUCCUGGCGGCAGCUGAACCCUGAGAGCAUCCGGCCGGGGGGACCUGGGGGCCUGUCCCGCUCCUUGGGCCGGGAAGAAGAGGAGGAUGAGGAAGAAGAGCUGGAAGAGGGGACCAUUGAUGUCACCGACUUCCUGUCCAUGACCCAGCAGGACUCCCACACCCCACUCAGGGACUCGAGGGGGGGUUCCUUUGAAAUGACAGACGACGACAGUGCUAUCAGGGCCCUGACCCAGUUUCCGCUUCCCAAGAACCUUCUGGCCAAAGUGAUUCAGAUAGCAACAUCGUCCUCCACAGCUAAGAACCUCAUGCAGUUCCAUACUGUGGGCACCAAGACCAAGCUGUCCACCCUCACUCUGCUCUGGCCCUGUCCCAUGACCUUUGUCGCCAAAGGGCGCCGCAAAGCAGAGGCUGAGAAUAAGGCGGCAGCCUUGGCCUGCAAGAAACUGAAGAGCCUGGGCCUGGUGGACCGCAACAAUGAGCCGCUUACCCACGCCAUGUAUAACCUGGCCUCCUUGCGUGAGCUGGGUGAGACGCAGCGCCGGCCGUGCACCAUCCAGGUGCCUGAGCCCAUCCUCCGAAAGAUAGAGACCUUCCUGAACCAUUACCCUGUGGACAGUUCCUGGAUCUCCCCGGAGCUCCGGCUGCAGAGUGAGGACAUCUUGCCCUUGGGCAAGGACUCAGGGCCCCUGAGUGACCCUAUCACAGGCAAGCCCUACGUGCCCCUGUCAGAAGCAGAGGAGGUACGUCUGAGCCAGAACUUGCUGGAGCUGUGGCGGCGGCGAGGGCCAGUCUGGCAGGAGGCCCCCCAGCUCCCCGUGGACCCGCAUCGGGACACCAUCCUCAAUGCCAUCGAGCAGCACCCGGUGGUGGUCAUCUCUGGGGACACGGGCUGCGGCAAGACCACGCGCAUCCCCCAGCUGCUGCUGGAGCGCUACGUGACCGAGGGCCGCGGCGCCCGCUGCAAUGUGAUCAUCACCCAGCCGCGCCGCAUCUCCGCCGUGUCUGUGGCACAGCGGGUCAGCCACGAACUGGGCCCCUCUCUGCGCCGGAACGUGGGCUUCCAGGUGCGGUUGGAAAGCAAGCCCCCGGCCCGCGGUGGGGCCCUGCUCUUCUGCACCGUGGGCAUCCUGCUGCGGAAGCUGCAGAGCAACCCCAGCCUGGAGGGCGUGAGCCAUGUCAUCGUGGACGAGGUCCACGAGCGGGACGUGAACACAGACUUCCUGCUGAUUCUGCUCAAGGGCCUGCAGCGGCUCAACCCGGCCCUGCGGCUAGUGCUGAUGAGCGCCACGGGCGAUAACGAGCGCUUCUCCCGCUACUUUGGCGGCUGCCCGGUCAUCAAGGUGCCGGGCUUCAUGUACCCGGUCAAGGAGCACUACCUGGAGGACAUCCUGGCCAAGCUGGGCAAGCACCAGUACCCGCACCGGCACCGGCACCACGAGUCUGAGGAUGAGUGUGCACUCGAUUUGGACCUCGUGACGGAUCUGGUUCUGCACAUCGAUGCCCGAGGGGAGCCAGGUGGGAUCCUCUGCUUCCUGCCUGGUUGGCAGGAGAUCAAAGGAGUGCAGCAACGCCUCCAGGAGGCCCUGGGCAUGCACGAGAGCAAGUACCUCAUCCUGCCAGUGCACUCCAACAUCCCCAUGAUGGACCAGAAGGCCAUAUUCCAGCAGCCGCCAGUUGGGGUGCGCAAGAUUGUCUUGGCCACCAAUAUCGCGGAGACGUCGAUUACAGUCAAUGACAUCGUGCACGUGGUGGACAGCGGUCUGCACAAGGAGGAACGCUAUGACCUGAAGACCAAGGUGUCGUGCCUGGAGACUGUGUGGGUGUCACGAGCCAAUGUGAUCCAGCGCCGGGGCCGGGCGGGCCGCUGCCAGUCAGGCUUUGCCUACCACCUGUUCCCGCGGAGCCGGCUGGAGAAAAUGGUCCCUUUCCAAGUGCCGGAGAUUCUGCGCACGCCCCUCGAGAACCUGGUGCUACAAGCCAAAAUCCACAUGCCUGAGAAGACGGCAGUGGAGUUCCUUUCCAAGGCCGUGGACAGUCCAAACAUUAAGGCGGUGGACGAGGCUGUGAUCUUGCUCCAGGAGAUCGGAGUGCUGGACCAGCGGGAGUACCUGACCACCCUGGGGCAGCGCCUGGCCCACAUCUCCACCGACCCCCGGCUGGCCAAGGCCAUAGUGCUGGCCGCCAUCUUCCGCUGCCUGCACCCGCUGCUGGUGGUCGUCUCCUGUCUCACCCGGGACCCCUUCAGCAGUAGCCUGCAGAACCGGGCGGAGGUGGACAAGGUGAAGGCACUGUUGAGCCACGACAGUGGCAGUGACCACCUGGCCUUCGUGCGGGCCGUGGCGGGCUGGGAGGAGGUGCUGCGCUGGCAGGACCGCAGCUCCCGUGAGAACUAUCUGGAGGAAAACCUGCUCUACGCCCCCAGCCUGCGCUUCAUCCACGGACUCAUCAAGCAGUUCUCGGAGAACAUUUACGAGGCUUUCCUGGUGGGGAAGCCCUCCGACUGCACCCUGGCCUCUGCCCAGUGCAACGAGUACAGCGAGGAGGAGGAGCUGGUGAAGGGUGUGCUGAUGGCGGGCCUCUACCCCAACCUCAUCCAGGUGAGGCAGGGCAAGGUGACCCGGCAGGGCAAGUUCAAGCCCAACAGUGUCACUUACAGGACCAAAUCAGGCAACAUCUUGCUGCACAAGUCGACCAUUAACAGGGAGGCCACGCGGCUGCGGAGCCGAUGGCUGACGUAUUUCAUGGCUGUCAAGUCCAACGGCAGCGUCUUCGUGCGGGACUCCUCCCAGGUGCACCCGCUAGCCGUGCUGCUGCUGACCGACGGGGACGUGCACAUCCGGGACGAUGGGCGCCGAGCCACCAUCUCCCUGAGCGACAGUGACCUGCUGCGGCUGGAGGGGGACUCGCGCACUGUGCGGCUGCUGCGGGAGCUGCGCCGGGCGCUGGGCCGCAUGGUGGAGCGGAGCCUGCGCAGCGAGCUGGCCGCGCUGCCGCCGGGCGUGCAGCAGGAGCACGGGCAGCUGCUGGCGCUGCUGGCCGAGCUGCUGCGGGGGCCCUGUGGCAGCUUCGACGUGCGCAAGACGGCGGACGACUGAGCCCCCGUCUGCUGGGGCCAUGUACAGAGUGCAAAUGUUUAUUUAAAAUAAAGUUCUAUUUAUCCCUUGUGA